UCUUGAUACAGUUUACCAAAGCAAAGCUGCCGGUAACGUGAGAAUUAAAGGAUGAACAAACGCCGAGAGACUUUAGACACAGCGACUAAACAACUUAGCAUAAUUUUACGAUGCUCACAGAAACGAGAAAACGGCUUAGAGCGUCAAACGUCAAGUGAUUAUGUUUGAAAACGGACGGAACUGGAACUCGCGUACCUGUUCGGAGAGAUGCGACUCAGACAGACCGAUCUGUGAUUGACAACGCCUCGUUCAUCGUCGUUUAAACCAUGUCGACCGACAUAAGCCUGCGUGAGCUGCUGGACCUCUCCAUAGGAAGCCCGGACACCGGAUCCGUCAAUUUCAACGCCCUGCGCGCUUUGCUGCACGCCAUCCUGGGACACCUGAAGAUCGAGAGGGUCGCCACCGCCUGGAAGGAGGCGGACCGCGAUCGAGACGGCCCGGUUCAGGCUAAAGCCUUGCUGCUGGACAGCCCGAGCCCGCAGCGGGCGACGGAGGAGAGGCUGCGGCGGAUGGAGGAGCAGAUGCGCGCGCUGGAGGCUCUGCCCAGCGCCGCGGAGCUCGUGAGGUCCGACACCGCGCUCGGAGACAUGUGGACGCUCAUGCAGCUCCGCGGGAAGGCGCAGGCCAACGAGGACGGGGUGUCCAAGUGUAUGGCCCUAAUCCAAGACCUGCUGAAGGAAAUCCAGGAGCUCAAAGAGUCCAGAGACGAUCUGAGACUGGAAGUUGAUGCUCUGAGCGAUCAGCUUAGCCAGUUGAACGUGAAGGAGUUGGCGGACCGUAUCUUAGCUAUGGAGCAGUAUUGCCACCAAGUGGAAGAUUUGGACAACGCUACGAAAGAUCUGAAGGACAAGAUGGCCCAGUAUCCCGUCCCGGAGGAGCUCACGCAGUGUGUCACAUGGGAAGUGAUGCAGGCCGCGCUCAUCAGCGAGAGGCAGAAGAUUCAGGAGGGGCUGCAGGACACCCUCUCCGCUGCUAAAAACAUUGCACCCGUUCACCCUUUGAACCUGGGUACCCCGUUUAAAGAAGACAGAGCGGGUGCAGGUGGGACAGCUGGUGCAGAUCUCUCUCGGCGGGUCUCUCCUCCCCAGCAGUCCCUGUCUGACGGGGCUCUGUGCACAGUGACGGGCCGCCGGCUGUCCCGGGUCAGCAUUGGGGCCGAGCGCUACCCGGAGACCGUAGAGGCUCUGAUGGAGGUGGGCGGACUGAGAGACAGACACGAGAGUCUGGAGGCCCGCGUGGGGCGGCUGGAGGCCGACAAGGCUGAUCGGACCCAGCUUCAACAUCUGCGCGAUCUUCUCAAUGCCAUGGAAGAGAGGCAGAUUCCUGACCAGGUGCCGGAGCAGCUGAAUUAUUUGAGGACUCUUGUCGACAGUCUCCUAGCAGAUAAAGAGAAGUUAAUCAGCCUCAGGGCUAUGAUGGAGCGUAUGAGGUCCUCCUCAUCCUCUCUACUCUCACAAAGUGGACAGCAGGAGGCAGACGGUCAGGAUCAGGCUCAGAGUACAGGUCAGGAUCAGGGUCAGCAGCAGACAGGAGGUCAGGGUCUGGACCAGGAGCUCAGUCAGUUGACCCAGUCUUACAACAAACCUGAGGGCAAGACCGCUCACCUCACGAAGCAGAGACGUGAGGACAGAAACAAGAGCGCUGGUCUGGUGAGCAACUUGGAGGCAGCCGUACUUCAGCUGCAGGCCGAGUGUGAGAAACUCCACGGAACCUCCAACCGCCUGACGGAGGAGCACGGCAAGAAGCAAACACACAUCGACCGUCUGUUCAAGGUAGUGGAGGAACUGGAUGAAAAGAAAGCCGACAAGCAAGCGGUGGAAAUGGAGAUUGAAAUCAAAGCAGACAAGCGGGCUCUGGAGAGCAAGGUGAGCCGCGAGCAGUUCGACAGCACGACAGAGCAGCUCAGUAACAUGUUGCAGGAUCUGCUGAGGAAGGUCAGCGCUCAGGAGCAGGACUGGAACAAGGUGAUCGAGAAGAUCUCCGCUGAGAUGGACUUCAAGCUGAACCGGAUUGAGCUGGAUCCUCUGAAGAAACAGCUCGAUGAUCGCUGGAGGACCAUUCAUAAGCAUCUCCAGACACCUCCUAUCCCCGAGCAGGACGACGCCGCCGGACUCAGGAAACAAUUAGUGGCCCGCUUUCACUGCAUCUCCUGUGACCGUCCCGUGGAUAUGAUGACGCCCGGACAGAACCUGGUGACUCUGCCCUCUGCCCCAGGACUGCCCUCUCACAAGUCCAGCCGGCCCUACACUGUGUAUGAGCUGGAGCAGGUGCGACAGCACUACAGGAGUGAGCGGAUCCCGGAAAUGGCCGAUUACAGUUACCUGUCCCGUAACUGUGGGGGCAGCCACACACUCACCUACCCCAGCCGCCGCUACACCCGCCUUCAGCACAUCACCCAUCUGAUCCAGAGCGAAGAGGAAAGUCGGCCCGUGUCCUCUGGACCGCCCACACAGGCAGCAGAGGUGGACAUCUUAGGUUUGGACGGACAGGUGUACAAGGGCCGAAUGAGCAGCAGAGCAGUGAGACUCCCCGAUACAAGAUUUCCCACCAUCUCUCCUCGAGAAGGCAACUGGAAGAGCAAAGACAAGGUCGGCCGCUCGCAGUCCCAGAGGUCCAGUGGAGCGGAUGCCGGCCGAGGAAGUCCAGCGCGGCCACAGAGUGCCAAGACCCACCGCAGCCGCUCAGAAUCCAGUAGCUCACUCAAAGAUCGUCCCCUGUCCUCUAUGGACCGUCUGUCCCAGGACGUCCCGCUCCAGACCUCAUUCCAUGACACCGCCACAGAGCCGAAAGAAGCACUGGAGCUCCACAAAGAGCUCAACCAAUCAGAAGAGGAGCCGAUAACAUCGCUCUAAAGGUCCUCCAAUAGGAGCCGCUCCAUUGUCCGAAUGAAAUGUUUACAGCAGUGCUAUAUUCGUGAACAGAAGGUUCCUCUGCGACCUCCAGAGCAUCUAUAUAAGAUUUAAUAAAUGUUUUUGCAUAAACGUCCAUUAUAUCGAAUAUGCAAAACACUGUCUGUCAUCCAAUGGGAUUAAUCAUUCGUUUUAAUGAUUUGUGAGAAGAAUUUUAGAAAUUGGCCCAGUGCUUUGUUUCAGUACCUGGAAUAGAUUUAAUCCCCGUUUCACCUCAAAUCUACCUCUUAUUACAUAUAGCAACUGUUUUACAAACACCACUCGUAUCUGUCACUUUUAGUAUUCAGUAUUAUUAAUAAUGAUAAUCCGUCCCACUUAUGCAGCAGUUGAAAGUAUGUUUCUAUAUUAGCGCUGGUGAUGAAAUACCUUCAUGUUGUAAGCUUUGUUUGGUGCGACUAAGAACUUUUGAUGACCUUGUGCAUUUAGCUUUAUCGUCACCCCAUUUUUGUUUUUAGAACAAUCUGAGGUCACAGAUACAAAGGUACACAGCGUACAAUUGUACCAUACGCAGACCGCACAUUUCCUGUAGCACAUCGUAGACCUCAUUUCCAAAUUACUGACGCAGCGUUUCAUAGAGAAAAAACAAAUCACGUAGACUGUGGUUGACAACGUGUCGACAAGGUCAUUUAAAAAAUGUUGUAAAUAAUGAUCAAUGGUGUUGUUCUGCUGUAAAAUGAUAAUAUAUGGUACAAAUCAGAUAAUAGUGAUAUUACACACACCAUGGUACUAUUUAAUGUAUGGAACCAUUAAUGCAAAAAUUGAUAGGUUUAUGCAGAAAUGACAAUCUUGCCAUUAUUUCUCCCAAUCCAAAAAUCGCUUUUUUCAUGGAAAAUAAUAUUGAAUUUAACAAAGAUACCAACUGCAAAAUGUUUGUGAUUGUGAAUGUAGGGCAGAUACUGGGCAGUUAACCACAAUAAAUAUUAUGAACCAUCAUAAAAGUC